CCUCCCCUUCAAGGAAGCUGGGCAACAGGGGAGGCGUUGCUUCAGAUAGUCUCCCGAUCCCCGAUCGGUUGACGGUGGAGUUUUCCGCCAUGGGUCCCCGAGCCGAAUGCCGGACGCUGUUCGGGCAGACUGCAUCCUCCAUGUGGUGCAGCACUUCUUUAAAAGCUGGCGAGGGCUUCACCAACUUGACCCAUUGGUCUGAUCUGGUCGAAGCAGGCCAUGCUGAGUCCCUUAAGGCCGGUACAUACUAUCACCGGGCCUUCCUAGCAGCUGAACGGGAGAUGACCCUUCUUCAUCAGGAGCUGGACGAGAGCCAAACCCUUUUGGCUGCUGCUAGGAAAAUGGCUGCAGAUCUCCAAGAUCGAGCCAACAAGGGUGACAAGGCCAGGGCUGAAUUGGCCGAACUGGAACAGAGGCUCCAGCGUCGCGAUCGGGAGAUCCGGGCGCUGAAGGACAAGAUUGCUGCUGCCGAAGCUGCUGGUGUCAAGUUCAAAAAGACCCAGCCUAAAGAGGGCGGACAGCCAGCAGCACCCGUUCAGGCCGAUAUUUCUAGAAUCACUCAGCAGGCAGUGAUUGAUUUCCAACGGGG